AUGCUCCAAUGGGCGCGGGAGAAUGGAUGCCCCUGGGAUAGCAAAACAUGCAGGGGUGCUGCUAGAGGAGGCCACUUGAACAUUCUCCAAUGGGCUCAAGCCAAUGGCUGUCCAUGGAAUGAAAAGACAUGUGCUUGGGCUGCCUAUAAGGGUCAACUGGAAUGCCUCCAAUGGCUCCACGAGAAUGGGUGCCCGUGGGAUGCAGAGACAUGCUACUUAGCAGCCGCUGGUGGGCAACUCCAAUGUCUACAGUGGGCUCGUGAGAAUGGUUGCCCCUGGAACGAAAAAACCUGUACCUAUUCAGCUGGGUUUGGGCAUUUGGAGAUUCUCCAAUGGGCUCGUGACAAUGGAUGUCCAUGGAACAGCUGGACCUGCUCAGGUGCAGCAAGAAAUGGCCAUAUUGACAUUCUCAAGUGGGCACGUGAUAAUCAAUGCCCUUGGGAUGAAAUGACGUGUGCUUGUGCCGCUGAAUACAAUCAUCUCGAUGCUUUGAAAUGGUUGCUUGAGAAUGGGUGUCCUUGGGACGCACAGACAUGUUCUUCUGCGGCUGGGAAGGGGCAACUUGAAAUGGUACAAUGGGCUAGAGACAAUGGAUGUCCCUGGGAUGCAGACACAUGCUCCUUUGCAGCCCGUGAAGGCCACAUUGCAAUUCUGCAAUGGGCCCGCGAGAAUGGCUGUCCAUGGGAUGAAUGGACCUGUUCUUUGGCUGCCGAAAGAGGUCAUUUUGAUAUUCUCAAAUGGGCCCGGGAAAAUCAAUGUCCUUGGAAUGAAAUGACGUGUGCUAAUGCAGCUGAAGGUGGCCAUUUGGAAAUUCUCAAAUGGGCCCGGGAAAAUCAAUGCCCGUGGAAUGCGAUCACUUGUUCUUGGGCAGCUGAAGGUGGCCAUUUGGAAGUUCUCCAAUGGGCGAGGGAGAAUGGUUGUGAAUGGAAUGUAACAACCUGUUCUGGUGCUGCUGGUGAGGGUCAUUUGGAGAUUCUCAAAUGGGCCAGAGAAAAUGGCUGCCCCUGGGACAGUCGCACAUGUUUGGUUGCUGCAGAAAAUGAUCAUUUGGAAGUGCUGGAAUGGGCCAAGGCGAAUGGAUGCCCAGAAGGGGAGGAUGCCGAUGGUGACGACUAA